AUGGAUUACCGGUUCCCAUGGAAGAAGGAACUUACGAAUAUUGUUCGUGGUAUUUAUCGAUCAAUAGAUUCAGGUGAUCGAACACCUAGCCACGGGGGCCGAUGUUCAUGCCUUGUGAGAAGUGAUCCAACAAUAUUGUUUAUUAAAUCCGAAAAUCCAAAAGAUAUUUGCAUGAAGAGGCCAGAUAUCGCUAUUUUCUCUGGACACGAUCCUCAUGAUACAUAUCAAAGAACCAUCAAGAGAAAACCGCAUACGAUAUUUAAGGUAACAUCACCCUCGAAUGCAGACAAAGAUUUGGUCGACAAUAUCAAUAUUUAUUUUUUUGAUAAACAAAUUAAUGAUUACAUCAUUGUGGAUGUUCGCGAAAAUGUCCGACAGAUAAUACAUUAUCAAUUCAGCAAACAUAAUAAAACCGUUUAUCCACUUCAUGCAGCUGUACAACUCGGCUGCGAAAUUAUAUGGUUAUGGUGUUUUAAUAUAACAUCGAAGACAAUAUCAUGGACCGUCGGAUGUCCAGAAGCAACUACCGUUGACUUGAGCAAUUUUUUAAGAGAAGUUUGCACAGAAAAACUGAACGUGGCUGAACAAAUGGGUAUUGGUGAAGUGGUGCAGAUUGAUGAAUCACUGUUUCGGGGUAAACAGAAGUGCCGAGCAAUGCCGCAUGGUUUUGGCAUGUCGAUGUGGUACUGA